AGCUCAAGUGAAAAAUCGAGUGGAACCGGCUUUCGUGGUCACGAAAAGGUCCGUGCUUUUGGACGAGUGGGGCAUAGAAAGACCCGCUCACUCAUCUGUCGAACUGUCGAUCCCGGUUCAUGGUAUCCCGCCGGCGAAAAAACUCUCUGGAGCAGUUCUUCCGAUGGCAUUCCGACGAAUGAAGUUCACCUUCGUUCGCAUCGAAAUGUUCCAGAGCGGCAGUGCUUGUGAAUAGGAUCAAAGAAUGCUGCUCAGGAAUCAUUACCAUUUCGCGGGUCUUUCUCGGUUACGCACUCGCAUCGCUGGCGUUCAAUCUGCUCCAAGAGAGCCCACUCUUACACGCCGACAUCGUUUCCGUGCACGCCCAUUAGCCUCUGCAUCGACCUCACCUGAAACCCCUGCUUCCGCUCGUGUUUCCAGUCGGGAUUCUGCUGUCCGGCCUAGGGGGACGGAUGGUUUUGAUGGGUUCGAUUCGUUUGAAAGAAUGGGUCGCGACAGUGUCUGUGAUGGAGCGGUUGUGCGCACGCCAGGUGACUGUAGUUAUGACGCUAAGCCUGGCUUCGGUAAUUAUCAAGUAGGCGAAGAGUCGAGCGGUGACGAAGCUGCGGAAAGCGCUUGUUCGGACGAGGAUGAUAGUUUUCCGGUGGUGAAACCGCUCAAUUUGAAGAAUGGACGGAGCGAUUGCAUUCGCAGUGUCGAAGAAUGUGAGGAUGAAUUGAGACACCCUUUGGUGAGGGAAGUUUGUCGGCUGGUUCAGCUUCAGUCAGUUUGGAACCCAGACCUUGAAGGUGAGCUGAGGCAUCUAUUGAGGAGCCUCAAGCCGAGGCAAGUGUGCGCCGUGCUUCGCGCACAGGAGGAUGAACGAGUCGCCUUGAAGUUCUUCUAUUGGGCCGACCGACAGUGGCGGUACCAGCAUGAUCCUGUCGUGUAUUAUACGAUGCUAGGGAUCUUGAGCAAGACCAAAUUGUGCCAAGGGGCUAGGAGAAUUAUCCGGCUCAUGCGCCGAAGGCGGAUCGUGCGCGAGCCUGAAGCUUUUGGAUAUCUCAUGCUGUCUUACAGUAGGGCAGGCCAUUUAAGGCACGCCUUGCAGGUUCUGACGUUGAUGCAGAAAUCAGGUGUUGAACCUAAUUUAUCAAUCUGCAACGUGGUGAUGAAUGUCCUUGUAAGGGCUAAUAGGCUUGAAAAGGCAUUUAAGUUCAUGGAGAGAAUGCAACUUGUUGGAAUUACUCCGAGUGUGGUUACUUAUAAUAGUUUAAUCAUGGGUUACUGUGAUUUGCAUCGUGUUGAGGAUGCCAUUGAGAUGCUUGAUGAAAUGCCUGCGAAGGGUUGUCCUCCAGAUAAGGUCAGUUACUACACUGUUAUGGAUUUCCUAUGUAGAGAAAAAAGGGUUGAAGAAGUGAGGGGGAUGCUGCAGAAAAUGGUAAGGGACGGUAAUUUAUUACCAGACCGGGUUACUUAUGAUCAUCUAGUCCAUGUGCUUGCCAAGCAUGGUCACGGAGACAAGGCUCUUGAAUUUAUGAAGGAAGCAGAACAGAAAGGAUUUCAGAUUGAUAAAGUAGGGCAUAGUGCCAUAAUUCAUUCAUUUUGUAAGGAUGGGAAUCUAGAUAAGGCAAAGGAAAUAGUGAACGAGAUGUUCUCGAAGGGUUGCAUCCCCGAUGUGGUGACAUAUACUGCUAUUAUUGAUGGGUUUUGUCAAGUAGGUAAAGUAGAUCAAGCUAGAAAGCUGCUUAAGCAGAUGGUAAGGCAUGGCUGCAAGCCAAACACUGUAUCUUAUACAGCCUUGUUAACUGGGCUCUGUCGAAGUGGUAAGUCUUCAGAAGCUAGAGACAUGAUGAACACAAGUGAAGAGGACUGGUGGAGUCCUAAUGCCAUUACUUACAGUGUUGUGAUGCAUGGGCUGCGCAGGGAGGGAAAAUUGUCAGAGGCCAGUGACGUAGCUCAAGAGAUGGUGAAGAAGGGAUUCUUCCCCACUCCUGUUGAAAUUAACUUACUUCUUCAGUCUCUGUGCGAAAAGGGAAAAGUGGACGAGGCUAAAAGGUUCAUGGAAGAAUGUCUGAAGAAGGGGUGUGCAGUUAAUGUUGUUAACUUUACCACCGUAAUUCAUGGGUUCUGUCAGACAGAUAAUUUAGACGCAGCUCUAUCUUUGUUCGAUGACAUGUACCUCAGCAGCAAACAUGCUGAUGUAUUCACAUAUACGACACUCAUAGAUGCAUUGGGGAAGAAGGGAAGAAUUGAAGAGGCAACCGACCUUAUGAUGAAGAUGUUGAAGAAGGGUUUACUUCCUACUCCGGUUACAUACAGGACAGUCAUACACCGUUAUUGUGAAAGGGGUCAGGUGGAAGAUUUAUUAAAGUUGUUGGACAAGAUGCUUUUAAGGCAAAAGUUCAGAACAGCAUACAAUCAAGUCAUUGAGAAGCUUUGUAAUUUUGGAAACUUAGAGGCAGCGGAAAAACUUCUGGGUAAGGUUCUGGGAACGGCCUCUCGUAUUGACGGCAAUACAUGCCAUGUCUUAAUGGAGAGUUACUUGAGCAAGGGGAUCCCUCUGUCAGCUUACAAAGUUGCAUGCAAAAUGUUCCGGCGAAAUAUGAUUCCUGAUUUAAAACUGUGUGAGAGAGUGAGUAAAGGACUUAUGUCAGAAGGGAAAAUGGUGGAGGCAGAUAAGCUUAUGUUACUCUUUGUGGAACGUGGACACGUUAUGCCUCAGAGUUGAAAGCAAUACUAAUCCUUGUGAAGUAUCCUUCUACACUAAAAUGCAGUUGAUAACUCCAACUUUUCUACCAUCACCUUUUUCUCAUGGUCUAGGAGCAUGGUACAUGGUGUGUAGAAGGUAUCCUUUGUUCUGAGCUUCUUCUACUUAUACAUAGGAGGAUGCCUGUUCAGACUUGAUGCAAGAGCAGAAGUCGGAAAGUGAGAUGUACCAGUGGCUGUCAUGAUCCUCUUCCUGUUUCCGGCAGAGAGAAGACCACUGUAACCUAUUUCUACAUGGAGCUUCAACUGCAGCAAGGUCUAGAGGAACUUCUGGUCAUUGUAAUUCGACAGCUACUCAGGUUCAAGAAUGGGCAGAACAGGAGUAUUUUUCAUAUCUUGAUGAGUCAAAAUCCUGAAUCAAAAUUUACAGUGUCAGGUCUUCUCCGGUCUGUCUUUUUGUGAUGCAGACACUCAGAAACCGGGGUAUUUUUCACAUCUUCGAUGAUUUUCCGCAGCAAAAGAAAAUCUUUACAAUUGACAGAAUCUGGAUAUGGGGCUUGGUCCAAUCAAGGGAGAGAGGAAUUCUAUCUGUUUCUGCCUGAACUGAUAUGCAGAAGCGACUUCAGAGUGAUUCUUCACGAGUUUCAAGCAUGAUGUUUGGCACUCUUUUGCAAGACAAAGUGAUGAAUUGUGAAGACAGACUAUACAGGACUUUUGUGGAGGUACAUGUAAUAUUUAGUAGCAACUGAUUAUUUUCUGCACUGAAGCGCACCGAUUUAGGGAAUUCAUUCUUAUCGUUUUAAACAAUAUGAAGUCAGUGCGAAUCGGGCAAAUAAAUGUGUGUGUGAGGGAGAGAGGGUUUAUAUUGGCUGAGAAUCGGCAUAACUCAAUGUCUUCUUGCAGCAUU